AGAGACAUCUACCGGCUACUUUUAUAAGUAACAAAAUAUGAAGUAAUAUAAAGUGAAGUAACUAAAAUGGUUACACUUUUUGAUAAUUAUGAACAGCAAUAUUCAGUUCUAACAGCUGAUAUCACAGCGCAAAUCGGUUCAUUGGCAGCUUCAAACACUAAGGAUCGUAGGCAGCUAAUAAGUAACAUAGAAAAACAUGUUGAAGAAGCACAAGAACUGCUGGAACAAAUGGAUUUGGAGGUUAGGGAAAUCGAAGCGCCAAAGAAAACUAGAUGCAGAACGAAACUGGAUUGUUAUCGAGCCGAACUCAAGCGGCUGACAUUGGAAUACAUCAAAGCUAGGUCGAUAAAACAGGGAUCGUUAGGUUACGACAGUACAGAUCCCGAUGAUAAUUUUGAUCCGCGAAUUUCGAAUGAUCAAAAGCAGAGGCUCCUUGAUAAUACGGAAAAACUAGAAAGAAGUGGAAACAAACUUGAGGAGAGUUAUAAGAUUCUAGUUGAGACUGAACAAACUGGUACCCAGAUUUUACAGAACCUUGGGGAACAAAGGGAAACAAUUCAAAGGUCCAGGAAUAGGUUGAGAGAAACAGAUGAAGAACUGAGCAGGGCUUCGAGGAUACUUAACGCAAUGAUUAUGCGAUCACUACAGCAAAAGUUGGUAUUGUUAAUUGUUGGUGCCUGUAUGUUCAUUGCUCUCUGUUUAGGGAUUUAUCUAGGAUUCAAGAACUGAUCCCAAUAGUCAAUAUUUAUUUGAAAGAGUUACUUGGUAUUAUAUCGUUAUUUAUUGCACUGCCUGUUGAUUUUAUAUUUAUACAUUCCUAUAUUGUUAUUUUGAAGUGUAAGCCAUUAUAUCGUUAGUAUUAGGAACUAUAGUACAAAACUAACUUUUGCCUUUAGAUGAGUUCUUUUUAUGAAAAAUAUCUAAUUCUAUAUUUUUAAGAAUUCAGGGUUUUUUUAAUGGGACGGAGUUCUCUAACUAUUUGAAGAAAUAAAAAUUCACUCGCUCAUUCAAUGACAAAAAAUGCUGUAAUUAUAGGGAUUUCCAUUGUUUGAAAUUAUGAACUGAUUUAUAUAAUUCACUAAAUAUAGUUUGAAAGACGGAUAUUCUUGUUUGCUAUAGAAUAUAUUAUUAUUUUUAUCCACUUGACAAAUAAAUUUAGCAGUUCUUUGAACUUCAUUUAGUGAAAAUCAUAUAAAAAUUGUGAGAUACUUCGCGAAGUUUUCUUAUGUAUGAAGGUUCAAUUCAGCUAAGUCUAUGGUAGGAAUAUUAUUGAUUCAAAUAUUUUGGUCCAUCUUGGAGAAAAAUUAGAAUUAUGUAAAAUGUGUGGCAUUCAAAGGAUUAAAACCAUUUGAACAUUAAUAUUGGAAGAGUUUUAUAUUCUUUAUAUUGAAGUUAUCACAUGUAUUUGAUAAUUUAUAAAUAAAUGAAAAAAAAACCUCU